AUGAUACCAAAGAUUGAUAGACUAUCAACUAAAUUAUUAGACGACUGGGUAUCAGUUGGAGAAGGAGCUGAUAUUACUUUUGAGAAAAGUUCGAAAGAUAACUCUGAUUGCCAAUCGAUUUCAUCCAUAGUAGCUGUGAUCUUUGUCACGUCUUUGCAAAAGAACGUAAGGAUUACCGACCAAAGUCCUGAACACCUUGCUAAGGCACUUAAUAGUAAUGAUAAGCAAACGUUUAUUUUAUCAGCAAAAUCUUUAUAUCUGGCCUUAGAAACUCAUGAUAUUAAAAACGAAGUUUUAAUUGAAUUAAGGGAACAUGUUGACGAUAGAAUACCCGAUGUUUCUGUCUAUUCGACUGUUGUGUAUGCCCAAAGUUUAAGAAAAUUGUCAGCAAAAGCGCCGAUCAUGGCGAGUCAUAUUGGAUUUUUACCGACAAUUUAUGUAUACGACGAUUUGCGGCUAGACGAGGAAAGUUUUUCUGAUGUAGUCAAUAAGAAUAUUUUAUUUGUUUUGAAUAACAAAUCAGAAACUAAACAAUUUGAAGAUGAUGUAUUUCGAAUUCUUGACCAUAUUUUAUUGUUCGGAAAUCGCAACCAAGUAGAAGCAAUCAAAAUACUUCGUCAGUAUUCAACAACUAAAUACCCUAUUCCAGAAAAUACACUUUUUGCAUUAGAAAAUGUAGUUGGUAUACCUGAAUUUUUACAAGUAUUUGAGAACAUCAUUAAAAACAGACAAAUCGUUAGUGAAAACAUUCUACACAUUAUUGCCGAUAAACUUUAUUUAUCUGACGAUAAUCGAUUAAGAGACGAAUCGUUUCAGUUACUAGAUAUAGCUAAUGAUAAUCAAGAUAUAUCAGAUGAAAUAUUUGAUAUAUUAGAAUUGGAAAGGGCUAGCCUUGCUAUUAGUUCAUUCUUAUCGGAUAGUGAUGAUACCAUUUCUUAUUUAUACGCAAAGACAAAAGAGGGCCAAAAACUAACAAUCAAUGGAUUUAGAGGGCUAAGUAAAGCAAUCGAUAAUCACUCUGUAUUCAAAGAAGAAAUCUUGAGAAUUUUAUUGAAUGUUUCAAAUAAUGGACAAAUAAUAUCUAAUGAGUUAAUUGACAUACUUGUAAUAAUAUUCGAUCCUAAACAAGUACAACAUCACUUAAUUGAAAUAUUUGAAAAUUUAGUUAAAAAUAAUCAAAAUAUUUCAACUGAGCUGUCAUUAAAAUUAGAGAAAGCGUUGAAAAAUAGACUUAUUUGCGAUCAGGUUCUAUUCAUUUUUAUUCUCCAAGGGCAAAAAGGCGAAAAAUUACCAGAAAAGAUCAUAUCUAAAAUGCUGGAUAAAUUUUCAAGUAUAGAAAACCCAUUGACCAUACAACAAUAUUUGUCUGUCAUUUGUUCGAUCAUCCAAAAGAAAGAUUGUUUUGAAUAUGAUUCUAAAAGUAGUUUUUAUGAAAAACUUUCUCAAGUGUUUGGUUACAGUUUAAUCACUCGUGUUCAAUCAGCUUUAAUUCAUGCUCUUAAAACGAGUAACCAAGAUGUUGUCCGUAAAAGUCUUGGCGGAUUAAAAACACUUGUUUCACUUCACAAAGUUAAACUGAAAAAGGAUAGCAUAGAAGCUCUGUUAAGUCUAGCAACAAAGGCCAUCUGUGAUGAGAAUAUAAAACAGGAAAUUACCAUGAUAUUAGAUAUUUCUAAACUAGAAGAAAGCCAGAAAUGCAUGCUUAAACUCUGUAAUUUAAAGUAUGCCUCGAGCGAUCAAUUACUAGAUAUAUUAACUAAGUUUGGUGAGCUUAAAUUACUUGAACAAAAUUUUGACAGAAUAAAUUCUAUUAUUGAUGACUGUCCAGAAUUAAAUAGUAAAGCACUAGAAAUUUUACUAAAGUGUUCGAAUAAGAAAAAUAUUCCAUAUAAGUUGUUAGAUAGUAUUGCUGUUUUAUUGGCUAGUACUACCUCAGAAACGAUAAAAUCAUUCUGUUAUCGACUAAUAGCUGAAACUGCUGUAGCAGGGAGGGCUGUCAAAUUAUCCUUAUACAGUAUAACCAAGAAAGUGUUAGAAUUUCAGAACUUCAGAAUUUCAGAAUUUCAAACUCAUCCUUAUACAGUGCGCGAUAGUCACUCUUAUAGAAAAUGUUAG